AUGACUGAGUCCUUGGAUGUAUACCCAAAUGUCAGCCUGAUGUCUCUGGACAGCAUCGUGAAAUAUGCUUUCAGUUGGAACAGCAAUUGCCAGAUAGAGAGUGAGAAUUCGUAUAUCAAAGCAGUAUAUGAUUUGUCAUACCUCACGAAUCUCCGAUUCCGAUGUUUUCCAUAUCACAGUGAUCUCAUUUUCCACCUCAGCCCCCAUGGUUUUCGUUUUCAGAAGGCAUGCAAGGUGGCACAUGACCACACAGAUAGGGUGAUACAACACAGGAAAGAAAUCCUUAAAGAUGAAAAAGAAUUGAAGAAAAUCCAGCAAAAGCGGCAUCUUGAUUUCCUUGAUAUCCUGCUAUGUGCCAGAGAUGAAAAAGGGAAGGGGCUCUCAGAUACAGACUUGUGUGCGGAGGGUGAUACAUUCAUGUUUGAAGGCCAUGACACUACAUCGAAUGGCAUUUCAUGGAUCCUGUACUGCUUGGCUGCGUACCCAGAACACCAGACAAAAUGUAGGGAAGAGAUCCUGGAAGUUCUUGUUGGAAGAAACACAGUGGAGUGGUCCUCUCCAGCUCCAGGAGAACUGUGCUAUCUGCACACGUUCAACCUUAGGGUGUUUGUAGAGCACAGGAAUAAACUUAUUCCAAAGGAACUUUUUUCUUUAUCCUUUGACAAAGCUAAAUCUGAAUGUUCCAAAGAAAAACCUAAAAAGACAGCUCUUACUUCUCCAAGCACCUCUUCUGUAUUCUCCAGGUCCUUGGAAAAAUCAAUGAAUAGAACUUCUUCUGAUCUUAUAGUUCUGUUGGAGUAUAUGAAGAAGAAGCAGAAAUCAUGGGAUCCGGUCCUUUCUUCAGCUUCAUCUAAGUUCAACUACAAGCCCUUGGAUCCAUUGGCUUCUUUGAAUCAGAAGUCUCUGACAAGUAAAAAUUUGUCGGAUCUAAAGAUCUCAGAUCAGAUAGCCAUUUUACCAAUUCUACGUAGAAUUAGGCUAAUAGUUGAUUAUACAGAUUUUGAAGAGAGCUUGGUAAAACUCACUAAAGAUUUUGAACAUAGAGGUUAUGAUAGUACUGAGGUUCAUAAAACAAGUGAAGCAAUCAGGAAGUUGUAUGUCUUUGUCCUCCGGGUGUUUGAUCCUUUUUCUCCAGAGAGGUCUGCCAAGAGACAUCCACAUGCCUUUAUACCAUUUGCUGCAGGAGGAAGAAACUGCAUUGGCCAACAAUUUGCUGUGAAUGAGAUGAAAGUAGCCACAGCACUGACACUGGUCCGGUUUGAAUUGGCACCAGAUCUAGCCAAGCCUCCUAUUAAAAUCCCACAGCUGGUUCUCCGAUCAAAAAAUGGAAUACACCUUAAGCUUAAAAAGGUUAUUCAUACAGUGAAAGCAUGA